GGGAAAGCUUGUAGUCGUCCAUUUAAUAGACAAGGCAUCGAGUGUGUGGUUUCCUGCCAUUCAUACUGUUUUGAAUGUUUCUGGACGUAUAUUCGCGUACUGGUCGCAUUUUCUGUCAUCAUAGUACAGCAAAGGGCGAAUGAACCAUCAUCUUGGGCGUCCAAAUAACAAUGGAGAACGCUGCAGAUACUGACCCGGACCCCAUAAAGCUGAAGUCGAUCAAGAACAACAGAACGUUCACAGUACCGCAAAAACACAGGACUUUUUCUAGUAGAUUAACACCCCCUUUCCAUCUGUGUGACCAGAUUGUUUUGGGGGGGAUGUAUAUUGUUUGAGUUUGGGAACUGUAGGAGUGUGAAGGAAUUUGAGAAACUGAACCGAAUCGGCGAGGGAACAUAUGGAAUUGUGUACAGAGCCCGAGACACCAGGUCUGAUGAUAUAGUAGCACUAAAGAAGGUCCGGAUGGACAAGGAAAAGGAUGGGAUCCCUAUCAGUAGUCUGAGAGAGAUCACCCUGUUGCUCAAACUCAGACACCCCAACAUAGUGGAAUUAAAGGAGGUGGUGGUGGGAAGUCACCUGGAGAGUCUCUUCCUAGUUAUGAGUUACUGUGAGCAGGACCUGGCCAGUCUGCUGGAAAACAUGCCAACACCGUUCUCAGAGGCACAGGUGAAGUGUAUAGCUCUGCAGCUGCUGAGAGGUCUGGAUUAUCUUCACCUCAACUUCAUUCUGCACAGGGAUCUGAAGGUGUCCAAUCUGCUGAUGACAGACAAAGGCUGUGUAAAGAUUGCUGACUUUGGCUUGGCACGUUGCUACGGUAUCCCCCUACAGCCUAUGACGCCCCGGGUGGUGACACUGUGGUACAGGGCCCCAGAGCUCCUCCUAGGGACCAAGACUCAGACCACAGCCUUAGACAUGUGGGCGGUGGGCUGCAUCCUGGCUGAGCUGCUUGCACAUAAACCUCUGCUGCCAGGGGGUUCUGAGAUCCAACAGGUGGACCUCAUAGUGCAACUGCUGGGUACCCCUAAUGAAAACAUCUGGCCGACAGAAGAAUGCACGAUCAAGAAGGGAUACAUAGAGAGCAGUUGCUUCGAGGGCUUCACUCGUCUUCCCCUAGUUGGACAGUACAGUUUGAGGAAACAACCAUACAACAAUUUGAAGAAUAAGUUCACCUGGUUGUCUGAUGCAGGGCUGCGUUUACUCAACCUUCUCUUCAUGUACAAUCCUCUACGCAGGGCCACAGCUAAGGACUGCUUGGAGAGUUCCUACUUUAAGGAGAAACCUUUGCCUUGUGAGGCUGACCUGAUGCCAACCUUCCCUCAUCAUCGCAAUAAAAGGGCAGCCCCAGCUGUAGAGAGCCAAUCGAAACGCAAUAAAGUGUAACUUCGUUAACAUCCUUGAUCGCAGUUUCAAUAAAUGGAUGAAUAUCUUAAAGUUUACUACUACACGGAUUAUGCACCUGGUUGUAAAAACAUGUUGUCAUAGAAUGCAUUUACCUAGCAGUAAUUAUCCAAAUCAAUGGGGUGAUGGUAAGCUUUCAAGUAUUCCACAGUUCAGUCUUCAUUUACUUCUUGCAAAAUCCUAUUUCUUUCACUGUGUGUCUGAUUAAUAUCCAAAAGUAUGUGAUUAACAUGCAUGAGUUCAAUUUAAUUCACCAAUGUUGCUUUGUUUUUUGAAUGGAUGUUGGUUAACCUUUGGCAGUCUUUGGCAGGUUCAAGUAACCAAUAGGAUUUGCUUUGCUGUAUUCAUGUACAUAGACAUUUUUUUUAUCUCAUGAAAUCCCAUGAAUAUUGUAGAUUUAGUUUUAAUAAACUGCUUUUUCAAAUUAA